AUGCCUUAUCCCAUGAAGAUUCAGCCGAUUGAUUUCAACGCACCGCUCGAGCAGCAGCCCAAACCCGAGGCAUUGGCCAAACCGAUACUGAAGUUGAAAUUCAGGCGGCUUUUCGAGAAACCCUUUUCCGGCGUGCUGAGAACGUCUGCGUCGGAAAAGCUUCCCGGCGUAGCUGAGCUGCCGCCGCCACCGCCGCCGAACGGCGGUGGCAAGGAUGGUGCGGAAGAGUUUGAGCCGAGCUCCGUUUGCCUCGCGAAAAUGGUUCAGAAUUUUAUGGAGGACACUAACGAGAAGCAGAAAUGUGGAAGGAAAAAAUGCAAUUGCUUCAAUGGCAGUGGCACAGAUAGCUCCGAUGAGGAUUCAGAAUCGUACAAUUCUUCUGGUCACGCAUGCGAUAUUCUCAAGAGUCUGGUCCCCUGCUCGAGCAUCUCGGAGAGAAAUCUGCUGGCCGACACCGCAAAAAUUGUUGAUAAAAACAAAAUCGGUAAGCGAAAAGACGAGUUCUGCAGAAAAAUUGUGGCAGAUGGCCUAAUUGCUCUUGGGUACAAAGCUUCAAUCUGCAGAUCAAAAUGGGAGAAAACCCCCUCUUUUCUGGCUGGGGAAUACGAAUAUGUGGAUGCAAAAGUCGAAUGCGAGCGGCUGAUAAUCGACAUAGAUUUCAGAUCGGAAUUCGAAAUCGCGAGGCCCACCAAGGCAUACCGGCAGGUGCUUCAAACCCUGCCAAACAUAUUCGUGGGGAAAGCUGACCGUCUCGAGAAAAUCGUGAGUGUAGUAUCCGAAGCUGCCAAACAGAGCCUAAAGAAACGAGGCAUGCCCGUGCCUCCAUGGCGUAAAGCCGGUUAUGUGAAGGCUAAAUGGCUCUCGCCCUUCACUCGGUCGGGCUCGAACUCGAGCUCCAGCCAAGAUAACGAGAAAAUCGAUGAUGAUGAUUUUGUGUUUGUUUUUUCUAACAGUAACAGCCCUUAUCAAGGAGAUGAUGAGGUGAGGAAGCCAUUGGUGACAAAAUGGGAGCCAUUGGAGAUUAAGCCUAAGAAUCUGAACAGAGGAGUGAAGCUAGUUACUGGUCUAGCUUCUAUAAUUGAGGAUAAAACCUAA